CAGGAGCUCAGACAUCAGAGCAGCUGCACAUCACACGCUCCUUCAGAUCCCUUAUCGUUUCUAUAGCAACAGCUAAUAAAUGGAUUGCAAACGUGUCUGAAAUGUCAGAAAACUGUUGACAUCACUGCGCUGAUACUGGAGACUUCUUAUACACCUGAUCCAGAAACAUCUCCUCCCAGAAAUCUUCUGAUGGUUAGAAAAGAGAAUGUUUCCUGCAGAUUUUAGACAUGUUUCAGGCUGUCGGUGUAAGAAUGUAAGACUGUUCUCUAACAAAAUAAAAUGAGUUUUACAUUUUAUUCCUCUUACUGGCUCACAACACAACGAGUGUAACCUUUCUGUGAGACAAAUGCAGAGGCAGAGAAAUUCAAUCGACAUGCUUUAAAUAGAAACGUGGGAAGUGCAACACUGAGACAUGGAGAUGCUGGACAUUGAGGCAAUGAGAUGCUGGACACUGCGGUUUAGAACACAGAGGUGUUGGACACUGAGGUGUUGGACACUGCGGUUUUGAACACAGAGGUGUUGGACACAGAGGUGUUGGACACUGAGGUGUUGGGCACAGAGGUGUUGGACACUGAGGUGUUGGACACAGAGGUUUUGGACACUGAUGUCUUGGACACCGAGGUAAACGCAUCUGGAAACACUGGACUGGAAUUUUUAAGCAUUUUCCCAGAAAUCAUGAAUAAACAAUGAUGCCACACGAUACUCCGAUCCGCUGACUCACAGAAAGCUCCAGAAACUUUACAGUUGCUCUCUGAAUCUCCAAGAUGAACUUCACCGAGAGCAUCAGUGUCAGUCCAUCUGGUUGGAGCGAUCUGGUUAACUCCACCCAGGAUGUCUACACCAUGAACGUCACCGAAUCUCCACCUUCUCGGACAAAAUCCAAAGUCUGUGAGCAACUCAACGUCACCCCUGAGGUCUUCCUCAUUCUGGGAAUCAUCAGCUUGUUGGAGAACAUCCUGGUCAUCUGUGCCAUAGUGAAGAACAAGAACCUGCACUCGCCCAUGUACUUCUUUGUGUGCAGUCUGGCAGUGGCAGACAUGUUGGUCAGUGUGUCCAAUGCAUGGGAGACCAUCGUCAUCUACCUGCUCAGCAACCAACAGCUGGUGGCAGAAGAUCACAUCAUCAGACAAAUAGACAACGUCUUUGACUCCAUGAUCUGCAUCUCCGUGGUGGCAUCCAUGUGCAGCUUGCUGGCCAUUGCUGUGGAUCGCUACGUAACCACGUUCUACGCACUGCGCUACCACAACAUCAUGACGGUGAAGCGUGCGUCGCUCAUCAUCACCGGGAUUUGGUCCUUUUGCACAGGAUGCGGCAUCGUGUUCAUUAUUUACUCGGACAGCACGCUUGUCAUCGUGUGCCUGGUGUCCAUGUUCUUCAUCAUGCUGGUGCUCAUGGCCUCGCUGUACACACACAUGUUCAUGCUGGCUCGCUCACACGUCAAGCGCAUUGCCGCUCUGCCCGGAUACAACUCCAUCCACCAGAGGACUAACAUGAAAGCAGCCGUCACGCUCACCAUCCUGCUGGGGAUCUUCAUCGUGUGCUGGGCGCCAUUCUUCCUCCACCUCAUCCUUAUGAUCUCCUGCCCCAGGAACCUGUACUGUAUGUGCUUCAUGUCCCACUUCAACAUGUACCUCAUCCUGAUCAUGUGCAACUCUGUCAUCGACCCGCUCAUCUACGCCUUCAGGAGCCAGGAGAUGCGCAAGACGCUCAAGGAGAUCAUCUGCUGCUACAGUCUGAGGAACGUCUUAAGAUGGUCCAACUGAAGUGUAGCAUGUUUAAGCUAGCUGUCUGAGAAGAUAAACAUCUUACUCAUCACGUCAGGCUGAAGUGAAGAAAAAAAAUAAUCCAGAAAACUCCACAAAUGUUCUUCUGGUGGAUCAAACACUUGUCUUUAUUAACACUGGUUAGUUUGUUGGUCUGGUCAGUUCUUUUGUUUAUGUCACAAAUCUAAGGUGGAUUCCAGGUGGAGAUCGAUGGACUGGGUUUGAUUUAUAAUCCAGUAUGUGACAGACGUAGCUAACAAGCGUUCUCGCUAACCAUAAAAUGUUAACUGAAGAGUGAAGUUAUCAGUACACUAUGUACAGUCAUCCAAUGUACACUUUAUUUUAGUUUCUAAGCAAACAUGAAAGGCUUUUUUUAUGGGGUCCAAGUACGUAAUGGGAAAGUGCUUUAGAGCAGCGGUCCCCAACCUUUUUUUCGCCGCGGACCGGUCAAUGUUUGAUAAUUUUACAAUUGGUAAUAGGAGACAAUGACACCCGAAGUGUGUCGCUUAUGUCCAGUUUAUUCCGUUGUUUUGU